AUGGCCGCCACAGCAACAGCUGCUGCUCCAUCAAAACGUCUGAUUGCUAUAAUCACAGGUGCCAGUUCUGGAAUUGGUGCAGCAACAGCGGAAUUUUUUGCCAAAAAAGGCUAUAUUUUAUCGUUGAGUGGUCGAAAUGAAAAAGCGCUCGAAGCAACUGCCGCCAAAUGUGCCACUGCAGGAAUGAGCAGAGAUUCGGUUUUAACAACACCAGGAGAUGUGACGGAAGAAAAAGUUGCAACAGCCCUGGUCAAUCGUACAAUCGAAAAAUUUGGUCUUAUUAAUGCGUUGGUAAAUGCUGCUGGUAUCAUAAUAAAUGGAAAAGUAGCUGAUUGUACAAUGGCCGAUUACGAUCGACAAAUGAAUGUGAACCUACGAAGUAUUGUUCAGCUAACGCAAAAAGCAAUACCGCAUCUAAUUAAAUCGAAAGGCUCAAUUGUCAACGUGAGUAGCAUCAACGGAAUUUGUCCGUUCAGUGGAUUGGCAUUUUAUUGUAUGUCCAAAGCAGCACUGGACCAGUUCACAAAAUGUCUAGCUGUCGAAUUAGGACCGGAGGGAGUGCGCGUAAAUUCCGUAAAGUAA